UUUUUAUUCCCCUAAAUUUGGUUAAGGAUAAUGGAGGUUUGGGAGACUUGGCUAAUGGAUAAAGUUGAUUUAUUAGGAAGUGAUUUCAGAGUGGUGAAGUAUUAAGAAGUAGUUGAUUUAAGUAGAGGCUCAAACAACCUUAUUUUUCAUUCAAUUUUGUGAAUAGCAACAAAAUACACUAGAGAGAAGCUGAAGGAGUGGGUUUCUACCAUUGGGAGGUUUUGGAGCUUUGCUUUCAAGUCUUUGAUGCAAUCUCCUCUCUUUCUUAUUUGUUUCAAAGAGUUGCACACUUGUACGCAUUGGCCAUGUGAGAUAUGUCUCGUUUUUCGAGCUUCAGAUUCACCAAGUCAGAUACUUCUUCUCUCUUCCUCUCUGUAUCCAGAUAUGUUAUGCUUGAAAAAAAACAUCAUCAUAAGGUAAAAAAAUGGGGUGCAGUUAUUCUGUGUAUAAGAAGAAGAAAUUUAGCAUUCAUGAAGUAGUUGUGUUAACUCCAUCAAUCAGAAUUCCUAUACAAACUGAUCUUCAAAGAGUACUUAAAGGAUUGAUUCCGAAAGAUCUUGCUGAUAAAUUGUCUUCUUUAAGGAAUCAAAUUGUUUUGGUAGCAGAAGAUACAGAUGGAUCAGCUAUUGCUGAAUUACGGCGAGCUUUGAAUGAAUACUUGUCUGUUCUAAUUGGACUUACUAAAAAAGAGUAUGGUUUUGAAGGACUAAUAGAAUUCAAGUGGAAAAACUUUGAAGUUGGAAAACAAGAUAGUAGUAUAGCAAAUGUGUGGUUUGAGGUGCUAUCUUGUGUUCACUUUAUGGCAAUGCUGACAUUAUCUGAGGCUGAUUCACUGAUGAUUCCAAAGGACCAUUCAGAUUCUGGAUUCAGAGUGGUGUCUUCAGAUAACAAGAGAGAAGCAAUUGAUUUGUUAAUCAAAGCAUCAGGAUACUUGGAGUUCUGUGUUAAACAAAUUCUUCCUCAAAUACCAUCUGAAAUCAAGAAAAUUUUGCCACAUGACUUGCAAGAGGGUGUAUUGGAAGCUGUAGCUAUUCAAGCACUAGGCCAGGGUACUGAGAUUCAGCUUGGUCUUGCUGUGGAGAGUCAGAAAGCAACUUUGUCUGUGAAGAGGAGAUUGGCAUGUGAACAGCUUAUUUACUUUACUCAGGCUUAUCACUGCUUAUCAGGAUGUGACUUCAACCAAGGGCAUGGAAAGAAGCAUCUCAGAUUCAUCAAAUGGAAAUUCCUCGAAUCCAAGGCUACAGCUUACUAUUACCACGGUCUGAUCCUCGACAAGGGUAACGAACCAAGCAGUCACGUUGUCGCAGUGUCAUGUUUUCUUGCUGCAGAUGAACUUCUGGCAGAAAGCAAGAAGGCCUGCUUGAGCUUUUGUCUUGCAGCUCCAGUGACAAGGGCUCCUCCACUAUGGGGUGUGAUGAAACUUCUAAAUCAAAAAAUUCCUGAAGUUGCAUCAAGGAAGUACCAAAUGUAUGGAUACCUUUUGGAACAAGAAAAGGGUCUCCAAGCAUUGCCUGACCUACCUGAAUUUCAAUUAUCAUUACAUCCAGAUGAUUAUGAAUUGCCUGAAAUUGAUCCAGCAUGGGAUAGUAAAAAUUGGGAAACUUUAGGACAACCAUUGAAAGAGCACCUUAGAGAUAGUGAUGAGAAUCAAACUGAUUGAUAAUAUACUUUAAUAUGGUUUUCUUUCUUGUUUAUUAUUAGUAGUUCAAUACAUGCUUGAUUAUAAGACUUUUGUAUAAGUUAACAUUACCAUAGAAUUAAUUGGGUCAUUAUUCAUUCACUUUAUGACUCGACUUCUAAUACAAUAGUAAGAGGGGAACGGAUAAAGUGUGAUCUCUCACUAUUGAUACUUGUUAUAUUUGAAAUUGGGCAAACCACCAUUUUAAUCUCGAAUGUGUAAUUC